AUGCCAAGUUUUGCGGAUGCAGAUAAUCAACUCAAGAGCAAUCUUGAAAAGUACUGUGGAAAGGGAUCCCAAUCCACGUUUAACACCUGCCAAUCAGCACAGAAAAGAUGCAAAAAACGGCGGGCAGGCCGACGGCACCGGAAAAAGUCACCGCUACCCGUCCAGGCAAAAGAGGUAACUGAAGAUAUACAAGUUAUUAAUCUGUCGGCAUCUAUUAUUUCAUCUCAGCAAAUUACGGUUUUACAAAAGGGACUUUCGUUCUCUCCUACUCACCACUUUAACCUGUACCGGACGAUCCUUGAUGUUAACAGAUUCGCCCGGAACUUGACGCUGAGGAAACAUUUCCGGGGGGAACCUUUGGGAGAUGCACCUGGUAGUGCUGUUUCCUCUCCAUUACAAGCCUCACAGGACUCUGAUACACAUCAGGAUAAUGUUGUUCCCUCCCUGCAACGGGCCCCACGUGAUUCCGGCACCAGUCAUGAUAGCGCUACUUUCUCCUUGCAGCCAAUUCCAAGGGACUUGGAUACUAAUUACAGCAGCACUGUUCCCUCCUCGCAACAGGCUAUACGGAGGUUUGGUAUUAACCAUGGCAAUGCUGCCUCUUCUUUUCAGCAGGUUCCAGCGAACUCUGUCAUUGAAUAUGGCACUGACGCUUCCUGUCCGCAGCAAGCUUCACAGAAUUCCGACACCAAUCAUGGACAUAACAGCAGGACUUUUUCCACAACAUGCACUGAUGUUUUCAAUAAGACAAGGCACAGCUGAAAGAAAUCACCAUGACGGUCUGGUCUGACAAGAGAAGAAGAGGAAAGAAUAUCUACAUCAGAG